AUGGCUCUUAGCGAUGCUGAAAAAGAGGCCAUGUACCUGCGGAAAAUUGUAUUGGAACUCGGCCUGAAUGAUCUGGAAGAUAUAAUCAUAUUGAGUAAUAACCAAGAAAUUUUGUCUCUUGCUAAAAAUCCCGUGUUUCUCGCACGAUUGGAUAUAGAUAUAAGACAUCAUUUCGUCAGAGAUUUAAUUGAAAGCGGAGAUUUAUGGACGGAACAUGUGUCUACCGACGAUAUAAUGGCCGAUAUCCUCACGAAGAGUCUACCUGGACCUAAGCAUCAACAUUGUGUGAACCUACUGGGACUUCGAAAAAUUGUCUCAUUACAUAGAUUAGACGAUAUUCAAGAUAAGGCCACUUAUCGAGGAGAUUUUCCCGUAGCCAGUUCCAUUUAUGGAAUUAGUAAUACUCUAAACGCCGCAAAUUACGCACAAAUGAAUGCGUUAGAAAAAAUGGGCACCAUCCAUCCUGAGGCAAUUAAGAUAACAAUAGAAGGAUUGCAAGAAUUUUAUAGAGGUCAAGGAUUAGACAUGUACUGGAAAGAAAAUUUUAUUUGUCCAACCGAGGAAGAAUAUAAAAUGGUGACAAGAAAAUGUGGAUGGUUUCCAAGGUUGGCAUAUAAAGUAAUGAAAUUAUUUUCUUCGUACGAAGAAGAUUUAUCACCGUUAAUAAAUAUUAUCGCAUUAUAUUAUCAGAUAAAUGAUGAUUAUUGCAAUUUAUGUCAGGACACUGAUGAUGAUGACAAUUAUUGUUCGGAUUUAUCUGAAGGAAAAUUUAGUUUUCCUGUAAUACAUGCAAUUACAGAAAAUCCCGAGGAUAAACAAAUAUUAAAUAUUUUAAAACAACGGACCACCGACAGAAAGAUGAAACGAUACUGCGUAAAUUUACUAGAAAAUUUUGGUUCUCUCAAAUACACGGAAGAUGUACUUAAAAAAUUAAAAAAGGAAAUAGAAAUAGAAAUUAAACGAUUAGGGGGAAAUCCACGUUUCCUGAGUUUCCUGGCUUUGAAGAAUU